AUGGCGCCCAAGGUCGACCACUAUGGCCCCAAACUAGUGGAAAAGGCCGACAAACUCCAGCACCGUUUGACUAUGAAGGAUGAUGCGCAGCCCGCCGGAGGCUUCGAUGCGACCCCGAUCCCCCAUGCGCCGCCUGGAUAUACUCUCAAGUUCACCUUCCACCGAGGGAAAGACCUUCCGAUCGCCGACUUUGGUAGCUUCUCCUCAGACCCGUAUGUCGCGGCGCAACUGAUCGUCGACCUCCCGCGCCGCCAUAAACAGGAUACUCCUGUGCGAUUCCGAACGCCCACCGUGCGCAAGGAUAUGAAUCCAAUAUGGGACUGUGAAUGGAUUGUUGCGAAUGUCCCGGCUUCGGGGUUCCAGCUCAAGGCGAUGGUCAUGGAUGAGGAUCCCGCGGACCAUGAUGAUAAACUCGGGAUCGCAUUUAUCGAGGUCGGCGCGCUGUCAGAGAAUUGGCCCGGGAUUAAAGAACAAUCGUUCAAGGUGAAGAAGCGCUUUGGUAGUAAGCGCGUGUAUGUCUUCACCAAUGUCUCCGCAUUCGCGACGGGUCACCAUCAGGAGUCUUUCUUGAUUCUUAGUGUGGAAUGCCUCGGGCGAACACCGGGCAAUGAGGGGGGACAAAUGUAUACUGCUGGUCCGAAUCACUGGUUCAAGCACUUUUCGCCUCUCAUCGGCCGACUCGCGGGCACGAAAGACCGGAUUGAGACACAGGAUGGAAGUGGAAAGGCCAUCAGUCGAUAUAACUUCCAAGCGAUCCAAAUGCAACUGUCGGGGCCAGUCCCUUCUGAGCUCUAUCAUCGCUAUGUUGAAUUCAAGCCAUUCGUCGCAGGUAUGUUCCAGGCGCAAAGUCUGCGAGGACGAAUCCUACACAAGGCGCUGCACCAUCAGCACCAGCGUAUCUACAAUUUCGACCGAUCAACCCUCCACGGAGCCUUUCCCCAGCCGUGCCGCGAGUUCGCCCAGAAGUUCCUGGAGUUUGUCAACUACGGCCAAGGCGGACGGAUCUUUACCUAUGUCAUCACCCUGGACGGACAGCUACGGUUCACCGAAACCGGCAAGGAGUUUGGAAUUGACAUGCUCAGCAAACACACGAUGCAUAGUGAUGUAUCGAUUUACAUUGCUUACUCGGGCGAAUUCUUCAUCCGCCGGCGCAAGUACCGCCACCACCGCCACCAGUCUCGUUCUCGGUCGCGCUCGCGCUCGCCGCAAACGCGCGCUGAUGGUGAGGAAUUGCCGGUUGAAGAAGACGGAGAAUUCGAAGCGCAGAUUCCUCAAGAGGUUUCGACCGAGCCGGCCGACUACGAACUCUUCAUUGAUAAUGACAGUGGGACGUAUCGACCCAACUGUGAGAAACUGCCACUUCUCAAGCAGUUUCUUGCCUCGAACUUCCCGGGUUUGCAUAUUACGACCCUGGACUGCCAGGCAGAUGCCGAACGGAUGGGCGAGAUGAAGCAAGAACAACGGGACUUCAAGAAGGAACAUGGUCAUCUGAUCACGUAUCUCCAGCAGAGCAGCGCCUCAUCCCUGUCAAUCUCCAGUUCCGACGAGGAGGAGUUGAAUGAGCGCAGUGGCGAGGCCUCGAAAAAACGAGGCGAUUUGCAUCGCCGGUACCACGAGAUGCGUGACGUGAAGGGGCAGAUGAUGAAGUGGGUCGAAGCCGAUGGCCAUGCUGACCGUUCGAAGCACAAAUAUGUCGCUGGGCGCGAACGAGCCUCCUCGACUGGCGAGAUCAUGAGGUCUUCCACGCCCGCCAACAAUGGGAAGGUUGCCUAA